CAAAGAAGAGCAUGUCAAUAAAUCUACUUUCCUCACAUGUCUCACUUUAAACCGCUAAAAUCUGCAAAACAACAUCUGCGAAACACAUCCAGGUCCCACACAUCCAACACCUGGGCACAUCUGUCAGAGCUCUCUCCCUCGUGUUAGUGUAGUGAUCCAGGGACAUUCGGAGCCCUGGCUUCACCAGAGUGGACACGUCGUGCAUUGGACACGGCAAGUAGUUAAAACAGGACGGCUGCAGAAAACUACUUGAGGAAACUUUUCCAAAAAUCCGGGCCGCCUUCAGCCAUGACGAGUUCAGAAGACGACCCGUGCCACAGCAAGCUCCACAUCAACUCCACCGACACCCCGCUGAUCAGCGCCAGCAUGUUCGCCGCGGGCAUCUUCGGCAACGUCGCUGCGCUGGUGAUCCUGGAGAUCCGGCGACGCAGAGAAGCGAGGACCGAGGGCGCGUGGCGGCGCAAGCUGUUUCACAUCCUCAUCACGUCGCUGGUGGUCACGGACCUGAUGGGGACCUGCCUGAUCAGCCCGCUGGUGCAGGUGGCGUACUCUCGCAACACUAGCAUGGUGGGGAUGUCGCCUGAAGAUAAAAGCGUGUGUUCGUACUUUGGUGUCAGCAUGACCUUCUUCAGUCUGGCCACGCUGUCGCUCCUCUUCUCAAUGGCGUUAGAGAGAUGCGUUGCCAUUGGAUACCCAUACCUGUACAGCCAGCACGUCACCAAGAAAUGUGCCUACUUCACAAUCCCGUUGGUGUUCGUGUUAUGCAUGUCCUUCUGUCUGCUCCCUUUUGCGGGAUUUGGUAAAUAUGUACAGUACUGCCCCGGCACGUGGUGCUUCAUUGACAUGAACCCAAAGGAAAGAGACGACCGGGUCUACGCCAACCUGUACGCCACUAUCAUGCUGGUGCUGGUGCUGGCCAUUGUGGCUUGCAACGGUUUUGUGGUGUACCAGCUGUUCAAGAUGUACCAGCGCCGGAGGAGGAACGGCGGCUCAGUGAUCUCGAUGUCGAGAUCCAACAAUGACAGCAGAGCCAUGUCCAUGGCCGAGGAGGUGGAGCAUCUCAUCCUGCUGGUCUUCAUGACCAUCAUCUUCAUCAUCUGCACGCUGCCCUUAGCGAUCCGGGUGUACAUCAACACUGGUAAUCCUAAGGAGUCUCACCCCUUGGACCUGAUCGCCCUCCGCUUCAUCUCCGUCAACUCCAUCAUUGACCCCUGGGUCUUCAUCCUCCUCUCCCCCAGCGUGCUGCACUUUUGCUGGGACUCUGUCUGCCGGGCCUCCCUAGGAAUCUCCAGGGGUUAAAGAGAAUACCGCGAACAUCACGCUGCCUCAGCCCUCACAGGACAACACUGACCAUUUUCAGUCUGGUGGAAACUCUAUGACCAUAGCCUGACAUGACAUGACAUUAUAAUUUGAUAUUUAUAUUUAUUGGACACGUGAUUUGUUAGUGUGUUUUCCUCUGUGAUCACAUAAAGUGGAGAAGUUUCACGGGGCUGCAACAUCUCUUCCCUGUGGGUGGUUCAUUUGUGGGUGUUGCCUUGAGAUAACAGCCCUUUCUAACUGAUAACCACGUCCAACCAGUUUUAUCAAAUGGUGGCCACUUGCUGCCAUUUACUAGGCGUUUCCAUCCACUUCUAGCAUUUCAUUGCCUACUGACUUCUCUACAUAUCUAUAUAGAUAUAUAGAUAUAUAUAUAUAUUUAAAGUAUAAAAGCUCAACGUUUUGCCUCCUUUGCUGCUUGUAUUUUAUGUCGGAGAAUCAGUUACAUGAAAAAGGCUGCUGAUGGGAAAAACAAGAACAAACUGCAAGUGCAUUUGUCUACGAUGCACUAAGACUAAACUGUUUGGAUGGAGAGUCUUGAGCAAGGACAUGUGACAGUGGGGAGGGGGGGGGGGUCUUCCAUCACCGUGUACAGAGAGAGUGAUUCGCCUUCGAUCCAGGACAAAGGAAGGAAGAGUUACCGACGACAUGAAGCCUUGCUCGCACACGCCUCCUCUGAUUCAACCAGUCACGCCGAGUCAGGCAUCACGUUCGGGGCGGGAUCCGUUUUCACCUGCCAUUAAUAUGUAGCUGUACAGAACAAAGCACAGGAUCCAUAUAACAUCGAGUGAACAGACACAGAGAUAAAUGUAUGAAUGACAAGAUCAGAUGGGAUCAUGAUGCUCACGGAAGAAGAUAAAAAAUGUCGGGCGCUACAUUUAUUGUCAAAUUUAAGGUCAGAGAUUAUGAGAACAAAUAAUUCAAACUGUAGGUUCUGUCUGAAGCAUAUCUACAUAUAAACCAGACAUGUGACAUGCAGAUAUAGAUACUGUAUUUCAAGCAUGCCUUUGUCCCCUGAACACUUCAGUGAUCAUGGGUCAUCAUCCUGAGAAGAUUAUCUCAUCACCUUUGGAGCUUCUUAACCUCUGACCUUAACCUCUGGUCCGCUUUGGUAACCCCUCCCCCCCCCUCACAUUCAUACCAGACCCCUGCUGGAAAAGUCAAAGGGCAAGAAGCCCCGGUCCGUACUUCACUCAGGGAGUGGGCGGGAAAGAGCGACGGCAGUGACAUUAUUUCAUUUCUCUGUACA